AUGGCCAUGUCCCCGAGCAACUGGCGCAGCCUGCUGAGCGAGGCCUCGUGUUUGUCUGGGGCCUACAAAAUCUGCUCAGACUUGCGAUCCCUGCUGCCCGGGGCCAAGCGAAAGAAAUGGCCUCGGUCUCCGGUCAGGAGUGGGGGCUCACGGAAGGCGCUUGGAGUGGUCGAGAUGAACGGAGUGUGGGUGGAAUACGACCCCGACAGACACACUUUCCAUUGCUUCCGUCCAGAGCCCAGCGCGGUCGAGUAUAGUAUCAGCUACUUUGGAUGCGAAGCUGCCCAGAACCGUGGAAACUGCCGCCGAGCAGCCGACAAGCCAGGCGAUACCUUGCCGCACGCUCCUGACGAUGCCUGCUCAGACAUGGUUAGCGUUUCCGUCUUUGAAAGGCGUGCGCUGGUCAGUGCACUUCAGGUUGAGCAAAGCAAAACAGGCUGUGCUGCAUCAAUGAAGUACCUUGCUGGUAUGCGGACAGCCACCCAAGACGUUUCCGGUUUACUGGAUGCUCUCCUCGCACUCCUGCUUCAGACAGCCAACAUUCGACUGCGUGGGCAAAACGCGAAACCGACGUCCAGCAACAGAGCUCCGAUGAUUAAAAGAGGGCAGGGCUUUGCAGCUAUGUGUGACGAGGUGCUGAGCGUAGCUGUUUGGGCUUUGGCCCAUGCAGCAAAGGUGAAGACAAGGCUACGACCUGCGAGCCCAGGGCUGCCGGGAUUCUACCACACCACCGAGGAGCUCCGCAGCGAGAUGCGGUCGCUGGCUUCCCGCUGCUCCGGAUUUUCCAUGAGGACUGUCAGCAGGACAAGCUUGGCUGACGGAAGGUCCGUGGACUUGGAUGUGCUCUCUGUUCGGGCUCCCGGCGCAAGCCCGAAGAACAAGGUCUUCAUGCUGUUCGGGGAACAUGCUCGAGAAUUGAUUUCAGCAGAGUCGGGACUACACUUUGCCAAGACGCUUUGCGAAAACGACAAAGCUCGGGCGGAAUUGCAGAGGAGUGAGUUCUUGUUGGUGGUCAACGCCAACCCGGGCUCGCGGGUCCAAGUAGAACAGGGCGAUUGGUGCCUUCGUGUGGGCCCUGGUGGAGUCGACCUCAAUCGGAAUUGGGAUGAACACUGGCAGGGUGACGAGUCGUUUGGUGGGGACACGAAUCCAGGUCGGCUGCCCUUCAGCGAGCCAGAGACGCAGCUUCUGAAGGAGUUAGUCUCAGACUUCCAGCCAACGACAUUCCUGACCAUCCACAGUGGAACACUAGGAAUGUAUAUGCCCUGGGCCUUCGACAUGGAGCACUUGGCGAAUCGCAAUCAGGCCUCCAUGAUGGAGAUUUUGAAGGAAGUGGACCAGGCCCACUGCGAAUGCCCCUUCGGAGCGGCUGGGCGCGAGGUGGGCUAUUCCUGCCCCGGCACCUGCCUGGACUGGGUCUACGACAAACUUGAGACUCCGUAUGCAUUUGCCUAUGAGAUCUUCUAUGGAGGUGACCUGGAAUCGCUCCGACAGCGGUGGGAGGAGAAGACAGAGAUACCAGACGCCUCGCAACUUCAGGCACAAAAUCUGGCACACGAGCACUUCAAGGACAUGUUCGAAGACUUCCCCUCCAGCUUCAUCCAGGUCCAGUCUGAAACUAACGCGACCAAGACCAAUUCAGAGACCAUUACAGGCUUCGCAUGUUUCGGGGCGUUCAACCCCGCGACGGAAGAACAGUACCGUGCGACCGUAGAAAACUGGUCCGGGGCUUACCUGGACACGGUCAGCAAGGUAUCCGAGAAGCUUCGAUAA